GUAAAGGAAACUACUGGACCCUGGAUCCCAACUGCGAAAAGAUGUUUGACAACGGAAACUUCCGGCGCAAGAGGAAGAGGAAGUCGGACUCCCUGCCCGGCGAGGGGGGGUCUGGGGGGGCGCUGGGCUCCGAGUCGGGGGAGGGGAGCGGGGCGGGGAGCCCCAAAAACUCCACCUCUGCGUCGAUCGACGCCUCGGGCACCCCGGAGAGAGGCCCCUCCCCCGCCAUGCCAGGCCCCGCCCCCUGCUUGAGCAGCUUCCUGGCAGAGAUGUCGGGGGUCAGCGGGGCCCCUGCAGGACCCACGUUCGGGUCCUACUCCCCGCCCCCCUCAGAGUGGGCCCCCCCGCCCCUGCCCCCGCCCCCGGCCCUGUCCCCCUCCCCAUCCCACUCGUCUCUGGGGUACAGCGGCUCAGUCCUCAGCCAGUACAGCAGCCACUUCUACCCAGGCCUGGGUUCCAGCGCUCUGCUCUACCCCCGAGAGGGGACUGAGGUCUGA